AUCUCGCUGCUCAGGAAACCUGUAGACAAAGCUGGGAGAGGUGACGAGCCUCUCGUCGACCCCCGUCCUCCUGUGGAUCCACAAGCUUUCUUGCCGGCACCCUCGCCAGGCGGAAGGCAGACGAGAUGCGGGCUUCUCAAAGGGCCAGUAGCACAAGGGACGAGGAAGAGUCAGACUCUGAGGAUCAGGCUGCAGAGGGUCCAGCUGCCAAGAGGGCUCGAAGCAGCCAAGGAGGGACAAGCGGGCAGGCAGGCAGGGGCGGGCGGGGAGGGCACGUAG